AUGACGGGCUACCCGAGUUUCUCACACUUAAUUGCUUCCGACCCAGAGCUUUUCAUAUUCAGGGGCUUCAAAAGUCUGAGCUCAAGGAACCUGUUGCAUCUUCAAUCGGCUCUCCUAGAAAUAGAUACCGAGCUCGAAGAGCUCGACAAAGAAGAAGCAGACCGCGCUCAGACGGACUUGGACGCGCAGAUGUCAAUACAAUGCUGGGAAGUAUUGUCGGCGAGAGCUAAGGAUGGCGACGCGAGAGAAUCACUGAAAAUGGACCUCGUGCGUCGCCUGCAAGAAGCGACCAAAGAGUACCAGGUUGCCCUCAUACGCCAAAACCAAGUUAUGAAACUCCCUGCACCAGAUGAGCGCGUGUUCCGUGUUUUCAAGAGCUGGUUCGAAUCCGAGCAGCCCUUCAUCGGCGACGGCAGCAAGCUCCUCAAACAACAGCAAGAGCAUGGACAAGACUUCAUCGCUCUAAGUCCGACCUCGACCGACAGUGACUUUCUAACAAGAUCGCUGCAAAAUUUUGUAGGGUGGUAUUCAUCGGGAAUGUGUCACGAGACCACUACACAAAUCGAAUACUACUCGGCAAGGUCUGUCUCACGUCUCGUAACUAUAAUUACCGUGCUGGCGGCCUCUCUCGUGAUCGAAGCCGCCGUCGUCAUCCUCUUCCUCAUGAAGAACGAAGCUCUGCGUCUCGUCAUGAUCGCGGCUUUUACUAGCAUAUUUGCGGCUAGCUUGGCCGUCAUGAGUUUAGAUGCCGGUUCUUUCUUAAUUCUGGGGAAGAGGACGUGCUUUUGCUCUGAUAGACCUGCUCAGCAGCACAUCUGUCCCGAUUAUACGCCUAUCGUCCUAGGCAACAUCUCUCGAGUCUUGGUAUUUCUCUUUCACCUCCUCUCCACCCCCGUAACCUGA